CCCAGAAUUGUGUACCACAGGUAGGUAUACCUAUCCUCUUACAGACGCGUACAUAUAAAAGGGUCGUUCUAACAACGUUUUCAUCAUUCGAAAGCGAACUGUUAAGAUGAAUCCUAAGCUCAUCGUCUGUUUGUUUCUUGCUGUUACGUUCGUAUCGACAGGAAGUGCAGUAGAGUUUGGAUAUGAAGUCACGUGCGUGGAAACUGAAUUUCCGGAUGGAUCAAUCAAAUCAAGAUGGUCCAUUUCUGGCCAGAAAAUUCAACUUCCCGAGUCUUGGAGAAACAUAGGAUCGGCUUUGAGUACGGUGCCCAGCAGCAGCGGAGGAUUCGCAACUCAAUACGUUUGGUAUCAACUCGAUCAGUCACCUCCCGCUCGUCGUGCUGGAGGAGGACGAAUCUGUUGAUUUGUUUUAAUUUCUAAAUUGAUGUGUUAUCGUCUAAAAGAAACCCCAAUUUUAACAGACUUUUCAUUCGCAUUUGUUUACAAUUAUUUUGUGUUUGGGCUUUUGAAUAUAGGCAAUCUAGUUGGUCGAAUAGAAA